UGUGGAACGAAGCACGCGAAGUAGCUGAACGAAAAAGUGUUGCAUCGAAAUAAUCGACUGCUGGUGUUGGCUGAUUCACGGAUUAAACUCUCGAGGUACCGGUGGAAAGUUCAUUACUAGAACCGCAUGCAAUAAUUGAUAAGCAUGGCUGUCAACGUAUAUUCGACUAACGUCACGACAGACAACCUUUCCCGACAUGAUAUGCUAUCAUGGGUUAACGAUUGUCUGCGAUCGCAGUUCACCAAGAUUGAAGAAUUGUGCACUGGAGCCGCAUACUGCCAGUACAUGGAUAUGCUGUUUCCCGGCUCCGUACCAAUGAAGCGUGUCAAAUUUCGAACCAACCUAGAGCAUGAAUACAUUCAAAACUUCAAAAUCUUGCAGGCUGCCUUCAAGAAGAUGAAUGUCGAUAAGAUUAUUCCAAUCGAUAAACUAAUUAAGGGUCGCUUCCAAGAUAACUUUGAGUUUUUGCAAUGGUUCAAGAAAUUCUUCGAUGCAAACUAUGACGGUAGAGAGUAUGAUGCUUUGUUAGCGCGAGAUAACCUACCGAUGGGUUUGGGUUCCGGUGCGGGUGCACCAAAAGGUAACGGCGUAUCGGCCGUUGCUCCUCCACGCAAAAUGACAAUUGCCACCGCUGCACCUCGUGAUAGAAUCAAACCGAUGUCCAAAGUUGCACCCACUCGACAGAUGGUGCAGAGCCCGCCUGGCCGGAUUGGCGGUGGUGUGAUCGUAAACACGAGCAAAUCGUCCUCUCAAAAUAGCGUGACGAAUCAACAGAUUGAGGAACUGUCCGCGCAGAUGUCUGAUAUGCGAUUAAACUUCGAAGGGCUGGAAAAGGAACGAGACUUCUAUUUCAGCAAGCUUAGAGACAUUGAAAUUCUCUGCCAAGAUGAUGAGCAAAGUCAGAGUCCGUUUGUUCAGAAAAUUUUAGAAAUUCUAUACGCGACAGAGUUUACCGACGCUAUUUCAUUCUAACCAGGAUGGGUUUGCGCCCCCAGAUGAAGUACCACCAGAGGAGGAAGAAUACUAAGCUGCGAAUUCGUGUGUUGUUGCUGUCUGUCCUAUUUGCAUUGUUGCCGACGGUGAGGUAAUAUUGAUGGCAUACGCCAACCCAUCUGUGCUGGUUUAUCGUUUGAAUAAAGCGAGAACUAGAACGACAGGAAGAUCGAACAAAUUGAACGGAUUCAAAAGCAAUGCAUGCAUCUCAAUGAACAAACAAACCAUUAUGUGAAAAACAGAAAUGUCAUAAACGAUGCUGGUGCAUGCGGAUUUUUGUGAACGAAAAGGAUUUCUAUAUUAGCUUCACAAGGGACUUUAUCAAGAUAAAUUAUUAACCUUAUCCAUCUACGCCCUAUGUGCGCGCGUUUUGGGAGCAAAUCAGAAGCCGAAAGUUUGAUAAAUUUUAAAGAUCGAAUCGCUACUGCACCAUGACUGUUGGUAUUGGAAGUGCUAAAGUAACCAGGAGGACAACAUAACUAAAAAGAGUGCGUGGGGAGUUCUAAAAUGAGAUUAAAACCAUGUACGUUAUUCAAUCAUUCACUUUUCCUUACUUAACCUUAGUUUCCCUAUCGCGUGCACGACGUAUAUUUUUUGUAUCGUAUGUUUAAAAAUAUGUAUCAUUAAAAUUGUUAAAAUCUAUUAAAAUUUAAACCAGCGUAACAACCAUAAAAAAUGUGCACUGAUUUGGGGAUCAGAUUCAGUCUUCAAGCAAUGAAGAAAUUUUACAUUUGAUCGAUGGCGAGAUUUCAAACAUCAUCUCGUAUUAAACAGGAAACUACGUCCAAAUGUUAACCAAUUCGAAAUCCAGAUUCGGUGAUAAAAUGUUUAUCUUUUAUAUUUUGAUCGUUUUUUUUUUUGAGAGUAUUGAAUAAGGUUUGCGUAGUCUCUGAUCAAAAACUGUAUUAAUUUUGCCAAAAUUGUAUGAUUCAAACCAGUGGUAUUUGAAACGAAACGGACAGUACUAUGGAUGGAAUAUGUUAUAUAUUCCUUUCAUUAUUUUGUCAUUGGUUCAGUCUUUUACUCCCAUCACUGCAUAUUUGCUUUAAACAUGGGUCUCUAUUUUGCAUGAAAUGUUUAUUGAAGCAUAUCAAAUGAAAAUGAUCGAUUCGUGUUUAUGUUUGUACAAUCCUUUGAUAAAGCGUCCAUUCUGUGUGCUGCUUUUCCCUGCAUUUAAAGAGCGUUAGAAUGCAAUAGAAUGGAAUGAUAAAGAAAAAUGAAUGCAUAGAGUGCGAAAAACAUUUCUACUAUUUCAUAGGUAAAUUAGCUCAAAAGCUCCUGUUACACAGCUGGCAAAGAACAAAAAAUGAAAUUAAGCCAGCUGAUAAGUAAUGCAAAGCAUGUAAAUGAGGAUUCGUUGAAGAACGUAUAUGGUUGAUGUACGGCGAUGGUAUUAUUCUAAGGGCGCCGGCUGAUGAACAAAUUGUUGCAGCUUUAAAGCGACCGUUAUUGCCCAUCAUCUUCGUAAUGAACGAGCAGUAUAAUUUAUUUGUAUGAAAGGUCUCUCGUACAUUAUUUUACACCUGUGUUCUUUUGUAAUAUCUUAUUAAUAGCAAAAAAAGUCAACAAUAGUCAAACCAUAGCAGCAUAGAAAAAAAUGCAUUUAAGACUCACACGGUAAUGAUUUCUUUCAGUUUGUUCCCAACGCUCCGUAUAAAACAUCGCAAAUUAAGGUUGUUACUCAAAUCUGUUUUUAGGUUCUUCUCCUUUCUACACCUAACAUUCUUUGAUUGUAACUCGUGCGGCAUUUUUCUUUUCCUUUUUGUUUUAAAUCAAAAAUAGUAAAAGCUAAACCUAUUUUGCAUGUUUCAUUAUCUUUCCAAUUACAAACGAUGACAUUUUAUCGAUAUAAUAUCUCAAAGUAAACCCAUGCAGACAGAGGAUGCUAUUUUUCAUCUUUACAUACGCUAGGGCACGUAUACAGAGGGCAGAGAAAAGAUUCAUAUUGAUUGCCAAAUUAGUUGAAUUGACUAGCAAAAAGUUUAUGUCUGAAGGUGGUUUUCAUCACGACUACAUCAAACACCGACGAAGGAUCAAUUCAGAUAUUGAUAGUGAUACCCGCAGGCCAUGGUAUGAAAGUAAUCAGAGCACGAAUAAUUGGCAAUAAAUUAUACCAACGCUUUAAAAAACUUACGCCAACAACCAACAGUAAAUUGACAAGCAAAGAGAAUUAAAACGGUAAGAGUACGUCUAUAUUAUUUUAUUGACUAAACUUCUCUUUCGCGAAAAUUUCUUUUCCGACGUAACAUCAGAGUAGAAGAAUCUAUCACGCUGGCAGAAACAAGAAGUAAAAAAUGCGACGUGUUAUUUUCCCGAGGUUUUCUGGACUUCCUCACACUUGUGCGUUCCAUCGCAAAAUGGGCGACGUUUGGUUUGUUUGCAAUUGCACAACCAAUAGGUACCGGUUUUCUCAACUUGAAAACGCACCGGUCUGAAAUAGAUAUAUGGCAUAAGUAAGUUUUAAAUAAAUUUGUACUGUUGUACCAUGGCAUCAUA